AUGUUUCAAGUGGCAGCUCAAAUGACAGUUCUGCUUCCAUUCAAUAUCAACCCUUCUACGCUCACUCCAAUAUUCACAAAUGUCUCUUCCAAUUCUUCUGCACCCGUCCUCGCCAUUCCCGCAACGCCUGAUGAAAGAAGUCUGCUUUUACCACUGCUGCAUCUACAGACGUUAUCUCCAUCUCUCCGCCACUUCCAGAAAAGUUCAACAUUAUUACGUUCUGGAACACGAAAUAUUGGCGGCAAGAAUGAAAUUGAACAGCCAGAUGGAAUGAUCAAUGGAUCUGGUGAAGAGAAAGAUGAAAAGUUAGAGAACAUGAAAACUCUUCAAGGUCUGCACGAGAAAGAAUAA